AUGAUAGGUAUCGUGGUGGACUGGAUCAUAUUCCUCAUAGGAUUUCCUGCCGUCUGCCUGGCCAGUUAUGCCCUGUUCAGUUUGGUCAAAGCCGGCCGAGUGGCUCCUGUCUACGUGAUCAACCUGCUCAUCUCAGACCUUCUCCAGAUCACCAUGACGCUGGUCUUCAUUUUCAGUAGGUUCUUUGACACCACAUGUUUGCCUUUCAUGAUGGCCCGCUGCCUGUCAAGGAUAUUUGUUCGCCUGGGCCUCUGCACCAGCCUGGGCUUCAUGUUGUUGAUCUCCCUGGAGAGGUACAUGGUGGUGGUCUGUCCUCUGUGGUACCGCCUCCGACGCUCAGUCAAAAACUCCACACUGGUCUCUCUGAGCCUCUGGGCACUGGCACUGGUUUACGUUACCUUUGAUUACAUAUUCUUGAUCGACAUGCGGUAUUCACUGACGAUUUUCUCUGCCAUCUCCCUGUUGCCUGCCCCUUUCCUGGUGUUGCUGUUCUUGGUCACUCAGAGGGCCCUCUCCAGGAGUAUGGCUUUCAGGGGGGCAGAAAGAAGGAGAAGGAUUCUGGGAACUCUGGGUCUGGUCCUGGGUAGUUAUACACUCCUCUUCCUCCCGUACAGCAUCAGGAACCUGUACUACUCCAUCAAGCCCCAUGCCCCCUCAGUGUCAGACCCAGUCAGUGACCUGUCCUCUGUGAUAACCAGUGCCUUGUUGUACCUAAGCCCUCUCACUGACUGCUUCCUCUAUAUCUUCAUGAGGAGGGACCUCAGAGACACUGUGGAUGCCUUCCCCUGCUGCAGGAGGCUGCUCAAUGUGGGAGAUGGUAACAGGAGCAGUAGACAGACUGAUCAGGGAGAUACACAGACUGGCCCAUGA